GAGAGGGUUGAAAAUCAACAUUUAUGGCUUUUGGAACACUAAAAUAUGGGAUAAUUGGAGUUGGAAUGAUGGGAAGAGAGCACCUCGUCAAUCUCCACCACCUCAAGGAUGAAAAUGUUUCUGUAGUUGCUGUUGCUGAUCCUCACUUGCCUUCCCAACAGCAAGCUCUCAAACUUGCACAAUCUUUUAACUGGCCAAUUCAGGUAUUUUGUUGUCAUAAGGAGCUGUUGGAUAGUGGAGUGUGUGAUGUAGUGAUUGUAUCUACUCCCAACAUGACUCACUAUGAAAUCUUGAUGGAUAUUAUAAGCCAUCCCAAACCCCAUCAUGUUCUGGUGGAGAAGCCUCUUUGCACCACCGUUGCACAUUGCAAACAGGUCAUAGAAGCUGCUAAACGCAGGCCAGAUGUGCUUGUACAGGUUGGAUUAGAAUAUAGAUAUAUGCCACCAGUUGCCAAACUAAUUGAUCUGGUCAAGGGUGGAGUUCUAGGACAAGUCAAAAUGGUUUCUAUCCGUGAGCACCGCUUCCCGUUUCUAGUCAAGGUUAACAAUUGGAACCGAUUCAACUGUAACUCCGGAGGUACUCUGGUAGAGAAAUGCUGCCACUUCUUUGACCUCAUGACGCUAUUUGCUGCGGCUAAUCCUGUCCGCGUCAUGGCUUCUGGAGCUAUCGAUGUAAAUCAUAAAGAUGAAAUUUAUGAUGGGAAGGUUCCAGAUAUAAUGGAUAAUGCAUAUGUAAUUGUUGAAUUUGAAAACGGUUCACGGGGCCUGCUUGAUCUCUGUAUGUUUGCUGAGGGCAGUAAAAAUGAACAAGAGAUAUCUGUUGUUGGUCAGAUCGGAAAGGGUGAGGCGUUUGUGCCAGAAAGCAUAGUCCGUUGGGGAACUCGUGCGGAGGGAAGAGAUGGUGUGAAGACAUUAAAAGCUGAGGACGAUCGCAUAAAGUAUGAUGGGCUACAUCAUGGUUCUAGCUAUCUGGAACAUCUUCACUUUUUGUCAGUGGUAAGAGCGAAAGGCACACAAGCUCCCGCUGUAGGCCUGCAUGACGGAUUGCUCUCCGUAGCCAUAGGAGUUGCAGCUCAACUCUCCAUUGAGAAAGGCCGUUUUGUAACUAUUGAGGAGGUCAUGGAAUAACCAUUCUAUACACAUUUCUUCCACAUUUUCAGGUAUUCGGGUGCAUUUACUUUGUGUGAUAGCUUAUAUAUGUAAAAGCAAUAUGCUGAUUUGCCAUAUACUUAGAUGGAUUAAAAACAAUUUUAAGCGUGUUUCAUGUAAUCCUUGAAAGAGUCAAUAAUCUAUCAAUGUAGCAUAGUGAUAUUGAUCGAU